GCAGCAAGAGGGAGGCGAGGCUGAAAACGGCAACAGGAACCGAAGCGCUAAGGCCACAGUCACCGCAGCUGAGACCAACCUGGGUGCCCCCCACCCCCGCCAUGGGAACUCCGCAUCAGCCGCUCCGACCGCCGCUCCAUCCGUGGGCCAUGUCGUGAUCCGUGGGCUCCUCCAGCGGGUUUUUUAUCCGUGAUCCCGACCGAGGCGAAAGGAGGGAGGAGAGGGAAGGGAAGCCGGGAGUGAAGAAAGGUUGUGGUUGUGGUGGCAGGGAAGAUGUUCGCCUCGGUGGGCCCUAGGGGCGGCCCGCGCGCACCGGCCGCUCCAGCUAUCCCGGAGCCGGACCUCAGCCAUCUGACCGAGGAGGAGAGGGGCAUCAUCAUGGCUGUGCUGGCUCGGCAGCGGGAGGAGGAAGCCAAGGAUGAGGCCAUAUUAAAAGAGGAGAAGCCGAUUCAAGCGAGGACAGUGAACCUGGUCGGACAGAAGAAGCCUCAACAGCAAAAUGACGUCAGAGGUAUCCAGCAGCACUUGUCCAGCUACCGGGAGACAGUGAUCCGGCAGGCCUCGGUGGCAGCAGGCUCAGCUGUUCAUCGGGACGAUGCACCAACCUGUGGCAUCUGCCACAAGACCAAGUUUGCAGAUGGAUGUGGGAACCUGUGUUCUUACUGCCAGACCAAGUUCUGCGCUCGCUGUGGGGGAAGAGUGUCCCUGCGCUCCAACACGGAGGACAAAGUGUUGGCUCUCUGUUCUUCAUUUGGUGGCCAAAGGCAGCCCACAGUGGGAGAAUCAAGCUGCUCCCUGGUGAUAUGGGUGUGCAAUAACUGCAGAAAGCAGCAGGAGAUCCUCACCAAGCCAGGAGAGUGGUUCACUGGUCCUCCCGGGAAGGCCUCUAGUCUCGGUUCUGCUGUCAGUGAGCCGUCUGUGUGCCAAGUGUCCGGAGAUAAGCUGAGAUCUCACUCCCAAGCACCCACAGGCUCCACUGGGACUAUCCAAGACCAAGCAGGUGUACUGGGGACCACCCCUGGUACAGAUGCUCGGUCGCUAAGUGAGCCACCACGGGACAGGAGAAAUGGUCGUGGAGGCGGUGGAACAGGUCGGGGGGAGCGGCGGACAGGCCAGCCUAGGCUGCAAACCCAGGUCUCCAUGGAUCGAGACCUACGAGGAGAGUCGAGGGAGCGAAGGGAAGGCCGGCUGUUGAAGGGACGGUCUCUGGAGCAUGAUCCUUUGGGGGGUGGUGUUGGUGUAAGAAGGACAGAGGAUGGCGGUUAUCAGCAGGUGGGCAACAAUGCAGGUCCCCUUCGACAAGCAGAGCCAUUUUCAUCAGGAGGCAGGGGGCUGCCUGGGCAGGGUCGUGGCACAGGCAGUGGGACACGAGAGUUUGGGGACGCUACUCGACUUGGACAGAGGACGGUGGGCGGGGCACAGGAUGUUUCACAGAAAGCACCUCCUGAACUCAGAGUACCUUCAGCUUUGGGACCUGAAACGGGUCUUGGCCAGGGUGCUGGGGUGAAACGGACCAAACGGGACAAGGCUGAAAGCAUGCUGCGAAACGAUUCGCUAAGCUCUGACCAGUCUGAAUCAUUGCGGCCUCCUCCACCACGGCCCCACAAAUCAAAACGGGGGCUGGGGGCUGGAGGGAAGAGACAAACCAGUGUCAGCAGUUCAGAGGAAGACGGUGGAACUACGCCUGAGUACAGUAGCUGUGAAGAUGCUGAAAUUGAGAGCAUAAGUGAAAGGGGAGACUGGGAGUGCAAUCCACAUGACCCCACAGGAUGGCAUCAUCCUGUAACCUGGCAGCCAUCCAAGGAGGGAGACCAUCUGAUUGGACGAAUCACCCUCAGCAAGAGAACUGCUACCAUGCCUAAAGAGGCUGGGGCUUUGCUCGGGUUAAAGGUGGUCGGAGGGAGAGUAACCGAGUCAGGGAGAUUAGGUGCCUUCAUCACCAAAGUCAAGAAGGGUAGCCUGGCUGACGUGGUGGGACAUCUCCGAGCAGGGGAUGAGGUUUUACAGUGGAACGGGAAGCUGUUGCCAGGGGCAACCAUGAAGGAAGUAUAUAACAUCAUCCUGGAGUCUCAAGCCGAACCUCAGGUGCAGCUGAUUGUGUCCAGGCCUAUUGGGGUUUAUAGAAAAUAUCAUGAUAUCCCAAGAAUCCCCGACACGUCCCACCCUCCAUUAGAAUCUACAGGUUCCAGUUCUUUUGAGUCCCAGAAGAUCGAGAGACCAUCUUUAAAUGUCCUGUCUCCCUCCAGUCCUGGGAUGCUCCGAGAUGCUCCUCAGCUGAUGCCAGGGCAGCUAUCGGUGAAGCUGUGGUACGACAAAGUGGGUCACCAACUAAUAGUCAACGUGCUGCAGGCUACAGAGCUUCCUCUUCGGCCUGAUGGACGCCCCAGGAGUCCAUAUGUAAAGAUGUACUUCCUCCCUGACCGCAGUGACAAAAGCAAACGAAGGACAAAAACCAUGAAGAAGACAUGCGAGCCUAAGUGGAACCAGACCUUCGUCUACACUCACGUCCAUCGCAGGGAUUUCCGCAACCACAUGCUGGAGCUGACUGUGUGGGACCAACCCAGGUCACCUGAGGAGGACAGCACCUUUAUGGGAGAGAUCCUGAUUGAGCUGGAGACGGCCUUACUAGACGACAAGCCUCACUGGUAUCCCCUUCAAACCCAUGAUGUCUCAUCGAUCCCACUGCCCCGACCCUCCCCCUUCCUGCCCAGACGAAACACAGACGCUCCUGGCAAGAAGCUGCAGCGUUCUCAGCGUAUAACAGAUCCUGAAUUUGAUGAGCAUACAGCACUAGUCUCUAAAGCAGAUGGGCGUGGCAGAGAGAGGCAACGGGAACCGACGUCUACCUUGGAGGUGCCUGAUCAACAGCGGACGCCUUCCCAUCACAUCCGCUCCCGCUCCGUGUCCCCUCACCGUGAGGAGCAGGGGCGCACCAUCCGGUCCCGAGCAUCCAAUGUCCCCACCCAGAGGAGUUUGGAUGACGAGCUUCCUCACUCUCGGCGUUCCCGUUCUCCAAACCGCUAUUGCGAGAACUCCAGAGGGCGGCGUCAGGGGGAGGAAUACUUGGACGACAGUGAGGUCAUCUUGAUCCACCAGUCAAUGCGCGGCAAAAGUGCCGAGUGCCUGCACACGAGUGAUCUCCAGCCAACCCUGGACAGGGUUAAGAGUGCUAGCGCCAACUGUCUCACUCCAGACAAUCAUGUCCCCCCACCAGAGACUGAAAGAAAAACUUUCUCCCAAUCCCUGCCUCGGAGACGUCCGGCAAGUCCCAGGAUUCUUAUCCAACAUGCUUCCCCUGAAGAUGACAGAAUAUGGAUGCUACUUCCAUCUGAAGAGACUUUAAUCCACCUCAGUACAAAGAAGAGGCAGCCUCGGACCCUGGAAAUCCCAGAAUGUCAGACUUUUGGCAGGAAGCGGUCUGACAGAGGCAGGGGUCAUCUGCACAGUGGUGCAUCUCUGUCGUCAGCGGCGGCAGCAUCGGCAGCACGCAGAGCAAGGCAGCUUCCACAGCUUCCACCCCAGAGCAGCUCCGUAGAACAAGCCCUGGUAGCAGAGGAGCGUGUUCGUCAGCUCCAGAUGAGGGUUCAUUCUAACCGGAUUUCAGCUGCCACCACCUCCAGCCAACAGGACCUAGACAGAGCCCUCAGAAACAAAAGAGAGCUCUAUAAGGACCAGCGGAGGAGCAGUGAAAAUGUAUCCCAUAAGUCCUCAGACAGUGAUGUCAGUGAUGUGUCAGCCAUCUCUCGAACCAGCAGUGCCUCUCGCAUUAGUAGCACCAGCUACAUGUCCAUCCAGUCAGAGAGACCCCGGGGUCGCUUCAGCCGAGCUGUACGUGCAUCGGGUCGCCACAUUCUGAAGAGCACCAGUGUCAGCGGUGAGAUCUACGGCAUGGAGCACGCUGAUGGCAGCCAGUCGGACACGGCCCUCGGGAGUCUGGGGAGCGGAAUCAAGAAGCGGCGCUCAAGUCUGAGCCAACGGGUUGUUGCCAUCCUGCCGUCGAGACGGAGCCGGAGUACUUCACAGAUUAGCCAGACAGAGGCAGCGGGUAAGGCGGCGGACAGACAGAAAGAGGCGCCGGCGGGUAAGAAGGUUAGUAAGGCGGGCAGCAGCACAAUCCAAAGGAGUGUGGAGACCGGGAUGGCAGUGGAGUAUCCACGAGGAGGAUCAGCCAUGAACCGCCAAGCCAGCAGGGAGUCCACUGAUGGCAGCAUGAACAGCUACAGCUCUGAGGGGAAUUUGAUCUUCUCAGGGAUGCGCUUGGGUGCUGACAGCCAGUUUAGCGACUUCCUGGACGGAUUAGGCCCAGGUCAGCUGGUUGGCCGGCAAACACUAGCAACACCUGCAAUGGGUGAUGUUCAGAUUGGGUUGAUGGAUAAGAAAGGCCAGCUGGAGGUAGAGGUGAUCCGAGCGCGAGGCCUUACCUCUAAACCAGGCUCCAAAUCCCUCCCAGCUCCUUAUGUCAAGGUCUAUCUGCUGGAGAACGGCACAUGUAAAGCCAAAAAGAAAACCAAGAUUGCACGAAAGACCCUGGAGCCGCUCUACCAGCAGCACUUGCUCUUUGAAGAAAGUCCUCAGGGCAAGGUGCUUCAGGUUAUAGUGUGGGGCGACUACGGACGACUGGACCACAAAUGUUUCAUGGGUGUAGCACAGAUCCUGCUGGAGGAGCUGGACCUCUCAAGCACGGUGAUUGGCUGGUACAAACUGUUUCCACCGUCCUCAUUGGUGGACCCCACGCUAGCUCCGCUCACGCGCCUGGCGUCUCAGACGUCGCUGGACUCAGGACCACCACCCGGCGUUCGGUCCUAGUGACCAAGUGGCAAACGCUCACCCCAAAACAGCCCUGACCUGAUCAGAUAAUGGACCGCAGCUGCUGGACCACACCUGAGCAGAGGGUACAGACACAGCCCGAGGACGCCAGCGAGGAGACGCACUCUGGGAAUCAAUGAGAAACCAGAUGGAGAGCCAGGAAAUGAGAGAAAGAGGGGAAAAAAUGAGAGAGGCAGAACUAGCCAAUCAAAGCUUAGCUGGAGUCUGACAAUCACGUUUCAAACCUUCCCUCUGCUUCCUCCUCCUUACAUAUUUUUGUUGUGCCUUCUUUGUUUUCUUCUCUGAGCUGCAGCUGUGGAGCUUUUUGUCCAACCUCCUUCACAUCUCAGCAUUUUUUCUUUGUUAUUUUCGGUGAAGUCUCUGCAAGAGCGAACGAUCAAACUGUUUCCCUGCAGCCAAUCAGAGCAGGGCUUCUUCCAGUCUUAGACAAGUAAGACGCAAACGGUUAGAGCUUCUUGCAACUGUCAGCAGAGGGUGGCUGUUGUCUCUGAUGAUGUUAACUCAGGAAUUCUAUCAGUCCUGAGAAUUAGGGGCAGCAGUUUGACACAGAAUGAUAAUCUUUAGAGAAAGGCAGCACAUUCAUAUCCAUGAUGUUAAAAAUGAAAGGAAGCACAAGAAGAAAGGCUUGAAUCAUUUGUUCCGACAGAAUAGCAGGAAGGUUUCUGUCUGAGAGAAGACGAUGGCCAAAUAAAUCAUCAGCUUUCAUUUCCAACCAUCCUUCAUGUUUAGGUUUAACCUGUCGUUCAGAUUGGAACCUCAAGGUGCAGACUCCCGCUGUAUAUUUGUACGUUUGAUUUUCGAGCCGUGCCGAUCGCAAAUGUCACAUUAGCUCGAACAUGCCUUCACCCAUCAAACCCAACCCUCCUCCCUCUUCAACCCUAAGCCCCCCGCUGGAGGGAGCAGCAUGACUCGGGGACGCCUCUGCCCCGCCCCGCCCCCGCCCGGCUCGGCCCCAGGCUGCAUGCACGUUUCUUUGCUUUCAGUUCGUUGCGUUUUUUGUUUUGUUUUGUUUUGUUUUCCCGUUUUUUCGUUCUUUACCUUUUUUGUAAAGUUGAAAGACGAGACUAAAACUACAAUGAAGCAAUUCUCAAAAAAACAAAUGCAGAAAAAAAGACUAGACUAUGUGUGUUAGUUCCACAUACUUUUAGGCCAGCUUGUAUGUUGCAUGUUCUUGUACAGUUUGCUCGUACUGAAUAUGAAUACAGAGAAAAGCCAAGCCAUCCCCGCCUCUGACAUGAGCGGACCAAUAAGCGGCGAGGGGGGGAGGGGAGGGUUCAGCUGCACUCAGGCCACGCUUAACAUUGCUGGGUCGAAAUGUCUACACAAAACAGGAAAAUCGUCUCUGUUGAGCUUUUUAUUCCUCAAACCCAAUGAAUAACAGUGCUGUUCUGUAGUACUGAGCAAUCUUGAGCCCCUGUAGGCGUCUAAACUGUAGUUUGAGGCAGUCGGGGCUAGAGGCAGAGAUAUAGAAUGUGUGUAUAACGGCUAAAUGUAUAUGAAACCUCAUUAUGAGACAGAAAUUUUAAAGAUAUAGCUAUAUAAAUACAAAAAAAAGUGUAUUUUAUUGUACACGUCCUCAGCCCACACACACAAACACAGGUUGUACAUACUGAUCAGAACAAGCAGCUUCAAAUGAGCAUUAGAACAAGUCAAACACUGCUGACACACAUCAAACAUUCCCUGGUCUUGGGGGGAGGAAUUUGCUUCUGGUGCUUGAGCCGCUGAGCGGCGUUGAGCCACAGAGGACUGGUUAUAGGCCUUGUUUGGACCCAGUUGGAGAAAAAAAAAAAAAAAGAAUAAGAAAAAAAGCUGAUCAAAUUAAAUCAUCCCCUUCCCUAUUUUAUGACCAAGUUUGGACUGGACUUCUGAAACCGAUGAUAAAUCUAGUUUUGCAGACAUAUUUUGCAGAUUUUUUUGUUCAUCCUUGGCGGUGUGGCCGACUGCCCUUUCCUUUGUCAGUAUUACUUCUGGAAUACUGAUUGUUUACAGCCCAUGGUUCCCAAACCACGAUUCUUGACGAAAGACAAAGUAUUCACUGCAACAGUUCUUGUUUGUAUAACAGAUGUGGCUCUACUGAUGUGUAUGUUUUAUAUUCAAGAGUUCAUUUUUAUUAUUUACAAAUAAAAGACU